AUGGAGUCCUCGCUGCUGGCCGAAGUAAUCAAGACCCUCGCCGGUAUCCACCAAAUCCAACAUCAGGCUCUGCUUGAGCUACGCGUGGAACUGGAGCAGUGGUUCCAGGUGCUGUUCCAGGCUCAAGCAGAGGACAGGCAGGUGCUACGGAGCUUCGUACAUCAGGAGGGGUCUUCAGCCACGACCCCGGGCCCACCCAUGGCCGUGCCCAUCGUGCUGACCAAGAUGGGAAUGCAGGACAACCUGGAGGCUUUUAUCGAGCUCUUCGAGCGAACGGCCGAAGUGUGGAAGUGCCAAGCACCCAGUGGGCAAUCUGUCUACUGCCGCUGUUGUCUGGGGAAGCCCAGCUCGUGGCUCAACUUCCUGUGGCCAACCUCCUGGUCGUUGAGUUUGUGGGGCACAACAGAGUGUUCCCUGCUUGGAAAAGGACACAAACUGUGGCUUCAACCUCUCAACCGGACUAAUCUGCAGUUUGGGACCUUCCCCAAUGGGUUCCUGUGGGGUGUAGGUACCUCAGCUUUCCCUACCGAAGGGUCCUGGGAUGCAGAUGGGAAGGGAGAGUCCGUGUGGGACCACUUUACCCAUCAUUCCCAAACAGACGGCAUUCGGAUGGAUACGGCGGACACAGCCAGUGACAGUUACAUUCAGUGGGAAGAGGAUGUAAAAUCAGUUCAGUACCUGGGCGUGAAAUUCUACGCUUUUUCUCUCUCGUGGCCACGACUUUUUCCGGAUGGCAAUGCGACAGCGAAACCCAACGAGGCUGGAGUCCGACAUUACCGUCGUUUGAUUGGCAAAUUAAAAGAGCUUCACGUGGAGCCUGUGGUGACUUUGUUUCAUUGGGAUUUACCGCAAGUCUUGCAGGAGCGAUUCGGAGGCUGGCUAAACCAAAACAUGGUGGGCAUUUUUGCCGACUACGCCACAUUUUGUUUUAAAACGUUUGGUGGAGAAGUUCGAUAUUGGCUCACAAUGCAUAACCCCUUUCUGCUGGCCAUCCAGGGGUACGGCACGGGAGCUUACGCUCCGGGGGUGACCGGAGACCGUGCUGACCCUUUCAUCGCUGCACACAACCUCAUCAGGGCGCACGCAAAAGUGUGGCACAUUUACGACAAACACUUCAGACACCAUCAGCAUGGCAAAAUUUCCAUCACGUUCGGCUCUCAUUGGGUGAAGCCAGCUCACGGUCAGGCCACACCAGCCAAUGUGGAGCUCUGCCAGAAGUCCAUGGAAGCUGUGAUUGGUUGGUUUGCAGAGCCCAUACAUGGAAGUGGCGAUUAUCCGGCGUCCCUGAAGGUGUCAAACCGUGGUGUGAUCCCGGAGUUCACCCCAGAGGAGAGGGUUUGGGUGAGGGGCACCGCAGACUUCUUCUCUUUGGCGUUUGGGUCGGAGACUCUGAGGGUGGUUCGAGGACUGGCACGGUUUGGGCAGAAUGUGACGCUGGACUUGAGGAGUGUUCUGGUCUGGAUUCAGCAGGCAUACAGGGAUCCGCAAGUGCUAGUGGCAGAGAGCGGCUGGUUCUCAGAUGCAUCAGUAGGAGUCGAGGACACUGUGGCAAUUUAUCUGAUCAAGACAUUCAUCAUACAGGUGCUGCAAGCUGUUUCCAUAGACAGCGUGAAUGUGUUUGGAUACACUGCCUGGAGUCUGGUGGACGGAUUCGAAUGGAAUCAAGGUUACAGCAAGCGAAGGGGACUGUUCUACAUCGACUUCAGCCGACCCCAAUGCCACAGACUCCCAAAAACCACCGCACACUUCUACAGACAGGUCGUUAAGGACAACGGCUUCCCUACCGACAAUGCCAGCAUUGAGGGUCGAUUCCCGUGUGACUUUCAUUUUGGUGUAGCUGACUCAAUAUUACAGGUACAUCUGCGUCCAUUCUCACCGCAGUUCACCGAUCCUCACCUGUACCGCUGGAACUACUCCGGUGAUGGAGCUCUUAAACCCAUUGCCGGGAUCAUGCUUCACACUCGAGGGGCGCAAUGCACUGACUUCCUGUUCAUUCAACGGCACCUCUUCCUACUAGGGGUCACCGGGUCAACGCACUAUCGGUUUGUCCUGGACUGGACCCAACUCAUGCCCAACGGUGACCUCACGUCAAUCAAUUCUGAAAAUUUGAGGUUCUACAGGUGUGUGCUGAGCGAGGUGCGGAGGAGAGGUAUCCAGCCCGUCGUGACGCUGUACAAUCCUAGCUACAGGUCACCGUCGCUGGGCAUACCCGAACACUUGCAUGCUAACGGUGGAUGGAGAAACUACAGCACUGUUGAGGCAUUUGUCAAGUAUGCAACUUUUUGUUACCGCGAAUUUGGUGCCUUGGUACCGGUUUGGAUCACGAUUAACGAACCGAAUCGGUUAACAGAAGCGUACAGUGGAACCGCGGAAGACAGGCGAACUGUAGCACGGCACCUGUUGACGGCGCACGCAAAGGCAUGGCGUGUUUACGACAAGCAAUUCCGCCAGCAACAGGGGGCGACAGUGAGCUUUGCGCUGCACGCUGAUUGGGUGGAACCAGCCAAUCCGUUCUUGGAAUCUCACAAGGUUGCCGCGCAGCACUUUUUGUUUUACGAACUUGGCCGUUUUUUAGAUCCUUUGCUUAGCAGUGGCGAUUCUAGAAUAAAUGAGGGCUCUGGCAGUAGUCGCACCUCUCCGAUUGGCUUCUCAGAUGAUGAGAGGGCGGAGCUUAAAGGGGCAAUGGAUUUCAUCGCUUUGAAUCACUUUACAACUCGUUUGGUGGUGCCGCAGCAACCUCCGUCACCUCGGAACCCAAACCCGUCCAAACCACCGAACCAGGACCACAACUGCUUUCUGAUGCCCGACCCCACCUGGCUGUCUUCGCAUUUGGGUCAAGCCGUGGUGCCCAGGGGCCUUCGCAGAAUGCUGGGCUGGGUGAAGAAUCGCUAUGGUCACGGCAGUCCCAUCAUUAUCACGGCAUCAGGGGUGGAUGACCAAGCGUCCUACGAUGAUCAGCUGAGGCAGAGCUAUAUCAGAGACUACCUGCAGGAGGCGCUAAAAGCUCGUGAGUUGGACUCAAUCAAUCUACAAGGGUUUUACAUCUGGAAGCUUCAGGAUCAUCAUGAUCUUCAGUUUGGUCUCUUCUCUUCUGUUGCUCAUCACUCCCGACCCAAAGCUUCCGUUUACCUUUACCGUGACAUCAUCACACACCGCGGCUUUCCGUCCACCGCUGACAUCCGACCUUUCCCCUGCCAGCUCACGGACAACAGGACGAGCUGCCAACUCUGCAUGCAGAUCACAGAGAACAAACCGCUUCUGUUCUUCAGUGUGUGUGUUUCGAUCAGCGUUUGCAUGCUCAGCGUGCUAAUAAUUAUCACUGUGAUGAUGAGGAGGAGGAGGAGGAGAACACCGAUGUACGUAAAGCCACAGAGACUUGGCGCAGAGCAGCGCUUCCCCAUGAAGAGGGUGGCAUAUAGAACUGGGCAUCUGUGCCAAUAAAUGUGCGCUUGAAUAUUCUUCUUGGAAUGACAAGUUGGCUAGUAAAACUUUUCCUUUCAAAAGACGGGAGUUGUUUUGUGUUGUUUUGUAAGUGGCACGGAAUGGUACUUUGAUAUAAAGCAUGGUAUUAAAUUACCAUAUUCAUGUACCAUGGUAUUUACAUGGUACUCUGAGACACUUGGUAUUAUCAUAACAGUACUAUUUGUUACCUUAUAGUUAGUGAUUUUAGUUAGUCAUUGCAGAACCAUCCGUUAGGAGGCGUUGCUGCAUCUGAAUUUACCCUUAAAACGGUUGGUGUUAGUGAUAAAUUAUUAUUUGAUUUUCAGAGAAUUCUUUUUUUAAACUGAGGUGUAUGUUAAAUGACUCAUAUUACAAUCAAGCCCAUCAAGCGAUUAAUGCACAUUGCAUAUGUCAUAUUGUAAGAUAUUGUUAUAAAUAGUAAUAUUUUUAAUAUUGGUAAGAACUACUGAGGAUAAAACCACCAUCAUAUAAAACUGGGGGGAAAAAAGCAUUUCUCUUUAUGUCAAGCUAUCGUUUAUAGUGGAAAAUAAAACAAAUAUUGCUUUUGUCAUGUAUAUUUGUUAUUCUUCCGUACAGUGUAUAUUUUUAUAUUUUGUGAUGUCAAAGAGUUAAACACUCUAACUAUGAGAUUAUCCUUUUCGCUCUGUCGCCCUCUAGUGAACACAUGGAGACAUUACACUAUCUCUGUUGUGACCAAUGCACAAAGAAUGGUUAAAACUCCCAAUGUUUUUGUAAAUAGUGAUAUACUGAUAUACUGAUAUAUCAGCCAGGCCAAUAUUUGGUCAUUUAGAGAUUAUCGGGAUUUGAUUUUUACCUGUAUGCACACUAGGCCGAUUAACACAAGUGGUAUUUCACUAAUGUAACAAUCCCAAAAUCUACGGGCAACUUUGAGAAUGCAUGAUGCACAUUUUCUGUUUUCAAACAGUUUUAUUAAAUUUCAGCAUUUUUUUGUACAUCAGCAUCACUUCUGUUUAGAAAAAUAUCAUCUGAAACCCCAUAUAGUGUCGUUGCAAUUAUCAAGAUCUUCUUUUUCAGACCUGAAAAAGUUCAAAAAAUCAUAGAAGUUUAUAUAAAGAAUAUACAUUUUCCUGGUUAUGUUCUACAUAGAUUUUGAAGCUCUAGAUGUUGCUCUUGUGUAAAGCUUAUGUACAGUAAAACUUGCAAGCCAUCAUUCUUUGAGGCGAUACUUAAAUUAAAAACCAGUUCAUUUUAAUCAAAGGUUGUUUUUUCUCCAAAUGAAAGCCUUAACACUUCUAUGAUAUUGAAAAAGGGCACCUCCCUUUGGUAUUCGCGAUCAUUUUUGACCGGAAGGGUCAGAUGUGUGACCCUUUUUAUUUUUGAUGAUGAUGAUGAUGAUGAUGAUGAUGAUGAUAAUGAUACAAUUUCUUCCUCCCUGAAGUAAGAACAAUAAAAUUAUGCAUUUCUUAUGCUAUUUUGAUCUUAUUUACAUGUAAAUUACUAAAGUUUACCAUUAAUUUGCAUAUACAAAUAAGCUUAUUUAAAAAAAAAAAAAAACAAUUAAAAAAGUCACAUUUCUAUAAGUUGAAACAUGAAGAAAAUAUGAAAAUGUGACUUCAGAUUGCUGCCGUAAAUAACAUGACUGUAGACACAUACGGUGUAGUCUGAUGGCUUGUUGAAACCUAAUUUUAUAUUUUAUCACAAGAUAUGCAUUUGGAUAUAUAUUUAGACAUUAUCAAACUAUUAUUUGUCAGAGUUUAGCAUUUUAAAAUUGAUUUGAAGUGUCAGUUUUUGUAGUUAAUGUCAUUAUGCUUGCAGUCAAACCUGACCAUGGUGUUACAAAGAAGACACAGAAUAAGCAUUUUUCUACCAAUAAUUUAUUUCAAAAAUAAAAAUGUUAAUAAAAAUUAAACAUUAGAGUAUAAAACAGAAGAAUCAGAAUAAACAUUUUGCAAUUUCAAACUUCCUAAAUAUACAUUUAUUUUGCAAAUGUGUGUGUGUGUGUGUCAGAUUGAUGUCAUCAGCUGGAAAACAACAGAUGACUUGUAAUGCCAACAAUGACAAAAAAUGGCUGUAGAGCUCCACUUAUUGAUACCCUUGUUGUGUGUGUGUGAGCAUGUGUGUAUGAGUGAGUGUUCUGCAUUGUGAGUGUGUUAUUGUCUCACCCCUUCAUUUCUGAGUAUGUGUUUAGCUUUAUGACUGAUUUGCUUUUUUUUUUUUUUUGACAAAUGUACAAAAAUAAAGAAAAAAAGGCUCUG